AUGCUCUUCUCCCGCGUGACCCCAGUCGCCUUAUUCGUCGCCCUCGCGACAUCCGCCCUGGGUGCGGUUAACACCAAGCAGGCUAUCGAAGGCAUGAACGCCCUGCAGAAAAACGUCGCCGAGGCCCGCAAGACCAUCGAGGGAUGGAACGGCGGCCUUCUAGGCGUCAUCCCCGUCGCCAGCAAAAUUCAAGGCGUGAAGAGUUCCGCUGCCGACACUCGCAGGACCAUCGAGCAGUCUGAUGCCUUUGGCGAUGAGGACCAGGAUGAGGUUCUCGCAGCUUAUUCCCAAUUGCAGCCAGAGAUUAUGGGAGCGCUUAAUGCAGCAGAGCAGAAGGCGCCGGCCUUCAAAGAUGCGGGAGUGGCCUUCGUGGCGAGGGCUAUGAUGGAGGAUCUCAAGGGUGAGAAGGAGAAAUUCGAGACCGCCAUUCAGGGGAAGGUGCCUGCUGAGAGGUAUCGCGACGCUGAGCCCAAGGUUGCUGAGGUCAAUGCUGCCUUUGAUAGUACCCACAAGGCGCUUGCUGCGUAG